AUGUGUAUUCCAGGUUCUAAUGCAAAUGUUGAACGAAUUUUCUCCGACAUGAAUAACUUGUGGACUGAUGAUAAAAGCAGAUUUGAUGUUAAAACUGUUAAAGCCAUGUUAGUCGUAAAACAUUUUUUCACUGAGGACUGUUCUGGGUUUCAUGAUUUUUUAUUGGGAAAUAAAAAACUUUUAAAACAUAUAGAUUCGUCCGAAAAAUAUUUACCGAAGGAGUCAAAAACUGUAAUACUAAAUACCCAAGCAUCAACUUCGAACACCUGUUAA